UUAAAGCGUUGGGCGGGCGGCGCGCUCCGAGUCGAGGGCAUGGCGACGUACGCGCGGCUGGGCGCUGCGGGCAAGGUGCCCCUCCUGGGGCUGGGCACGUGGAAGUCCCCUCCAGGUAAGGUGGCAGCUGCUGUGAUGGCUGCCAUCGACGCUGGGUACCGCCACUUUGACUGUGCCUAUGUGUACCAGAACGAGAAGGAAGUUGGGGAGGGGAUCCAGCAGAAAAUCAAGGAAGGUGCUGUGAAACGAGAGGACCUCUUCGUUGUCAGUAAGCUGUGGUGUACAUUUCAUGACAAAUCUCUGGUGAAGGGAGCCUGCCAGAAGACCCUUGCUGACCUGAAACUGAAUUACCUGGAUCUCUACCUUGUGCACUGGCCUUUUGGGUUCAAGGCAGGAGAGGAGCUGUUUCCCAUGGAUGACAAGGGCAUGUCUGUACCCAGCAACACAGAUCUUCUACAGACAUGGGAGGCCAUGGAAGAGCUGGUGGAUGCUGGCCUGGUGAAAGCCAUUGGGAUCUCAAACUUUAACCGUGAGCAGACUGAAAGGAUCUUGAACAAGCCAGGGCUGAAGCACAAGCCUGUGAAUAACCAGAUUGAGUCUCAUCCAUACCUUUCCCAAGAGAAGCUUAUCAACUAUUGCCAGUCUAAAGGAAUCACUGUGACAGCAUACUGUCCCCUUGGACGCCCUGACAGGGAUAAGCCAGAUGCACCUUCCCUUCUGGAUGAUCCCAAAGUCAAAGAGAUUGCAGCCAAACACAACAAAACCCCAGCACAGGUUCUGCUUCGCUUCCAGAUCCAGAGAAAUGUGAUUGUGAUUCCCAAGUCUGUCACACCACAGCGCAUUGUGGAGAACUUCCAGGUGUUUGACUUCGAAUUGACUAAGGAGGAAAUGGCAACCCUCCUCAGCUUGAACAGGAACUGGAGGAUCUGUGAAAUGCUCACGUGCAAAAAUCAGAAGGAGUACCCUUUCAAUGCAGAAUACUGAAGACACUUUUAUCCUGCCCUCCCUGAAGAUCUCUGGAGCCUAAUGAGCUUCUGCAAUUGCGUAGAGUUGUGCACUACAUAGUUUCCACACUGUGUCUCUCCUGCCAGCAAAGGCUUAGUAAAUGUCUUCACCAACUAGGUUUUUCCUCUUUGGUGGAAGGAAACAGUAAAACAGUUCUCAAGAACAAAAUACAGGAAAUAAGGCAAUAAUAAUUCUCUACUCACUAGCUAAGUGUCUCUGUGGGGCUAAAAUAGAAAAGCAGAGAAGACAAAGAAUGAACUAGCAACUGAUUUUUAUCUUCUGUCUUGGAUCAACACUGUUUAACGCUGCAGGGUAAGGGUAUAUGAGCACAGGAGAAAGAUCCAUCCUGAAACCAUGACUGCAUUAGCAUCAAUAAAAUUUACUUCUAGAGCAUAGCCCAAAGCUUUCUGGCAAAAGAAUAAUAAAUGGGAGGGAUGUUCAGCCCUACAGAUGCAUGCCAGCUCCAAUUGGGCCCUAUUUCAAUCACAUUCUUUUACAGGCUGAAAUUGGAGAGAUGUUCGUGUUCAGUUUUAAUCAAUGUUUAGAUUACCCCAAGUUUGGAAAACUAAGCCACUUGCAUUGUCAACAUCCCUGGAAACCAUCAUCCACAUAGUGUUUUAAAUGAUGUCAGGGGAGUGUCGAGGCCCUGUCUUCAUCAGAAGUUGAAUAACAAACUUUGAUUGACAACAAUGCUGCUAUGUGAAGCCUUAGUCUGGACUGUGGAUCAACAAGCAGCACAAGCCAAAAGUGCUGGACAGUGGUAUCAGCUGUGGACUGAUUUGGCUGGUAGUUUGUGCUGACACCUGGAUAUUAAAAAACCCAGAGUAAUAGAGACUGGGGAGAGGGGAGAAUGCAUUAAGCAAGUAUCUGCUCCUGCAUAGAAGCAGAGGGUAACAGGUGAAACAGCUCAUGCUGAGCUGCUGCCUAGAGCAUCAAGCUGUGCUGACUGGAACAGGUUUCCACUGGUCUGUACAGUUAAGUUUUCCCUUAACAAAGCCCAUCCCUCAUGGUAGAGGAUGCAGGUAAGCCUGGGUAGUGCUAGGGUAGCUAGAAGGUAGUCUAACAGCAUGGCUCCUCAGGAGUCCAUAAGUGUGCCUUGGGCUACUAGAUGCAGGGCACCAACACUAGAACUACUGCAUCCUGCUCUAGAACAUCCACACAAGAUCUAGCUGUAGGGUCUAACAAAAGCAUGAGUUGUAUCCUGAGUUACCAAGUCGUCUGAAAACUUCCUGAACAACAACAUGGUUAACAAAAAAAGUGCUUUUGUAAAGGUUAAUAGUGAAUAGUGUUAGUACCUGAUGUAACUUACUGCUUGUACCUUACUAACUUGUAUUAAAAUUUAGUG